UUUCUAAAAAGAAAUAAUAAACUGUUUCGAUUUUAACUUGAACAUUCAAUUAUGUUUGAAACUGUUAAAAACUAGAACUGGGAUAGAGUGUUGGAUCCACUUAUGCAAAUAUGGUUUCAUGGAUGAAUUAUGUGAAUGAGUAUUUGUUCUCUUCAAGCUACUAAAUGGUUGGUUAUGAUGAGGGCCAGAGACAAUUAACAACUAGUCAAUAUGCACUGGCUGGUGCAAUGUCAGGCAUUGUUACACGACUAUUAUUGCAACCAUGUGAUGUUGUCAAGAUAAGAUUGCAAAUACAACUUGAACCUACAAAUAAGAAGCCUAUCAUAGGACCCACAAGGAAGUACAGAGGACUCUUUCAAUCAUUCAAAAUAAUUGCAAAAGAGGAAGGCAUUCAAGCAUUAUGGAAAGGUCAUGUCCCAGCACAAAUUUUGUCCAUAUCAUAUGGGUGUGCUCAGUUUGCAUCAUUUGAAGUCCUGACUAAAAUGGCUUGGAAGACAAUUUCACAUAAGAAAUACACAGACCAAAAACCAGUGAUACAUUUUAUUUGCGGUGGUUUAGCGGGGUGUUUUUCUUCCGUUCUUGUUUAUCCUAUUGAUGUUGUAAGAACAAGACUGGUUGCUCAAGGUGAACCCAAGGUCUACAAUGGUUUAUAUCAAGCUGUCACCGCAAUGUAUUGUGAAAAUGGCAUAAGGACAUUUUACCAAGGCCUGCUCCCAACUAUGAUAGAGAUAAUUCCUCAAACGGGCAUGCAUUUUGCGUUUUAUACUCGAUUACAAAUCGUCUGGAGGGAAUACAUAAAUUCACUACUUGAUAGUGACGUUUCAGCAAGCGAGAGCUUGUUUUGCGGGGCUAUGUCUGGUACCCUUAGCAAAAUUAUCAUUCAUCCUUUGGACGUUGUAAAGAAACGGUUGCAGAUUGAUGGUUUUGCAUUCCGUGAAGAUAGUUUGGUACAAGCUUCCCUCAAUGCAAGGCGGCGGUCAGCCGGUAUGAUAAACUGUAUCAUGAAUAUACUUAGAAACGAAGGAAUUCUGGCUUUCUAUAAAGGACUUAAAGUCAAUAUUAUAAAGGGUGCCAGUUCAGUUGGUGUGUCAUUUAUGGCGUAUGAACAAUGCUGCAAAUAUAUGAAGUCUUAUAAUGAACGCUGAAUACACACAAAAGUGUGAUAAUGUUAAAAAUAAUUGGAAUAUAUUGUAAGAUCUAUUUAAUUAUUUAUCAUUUAGCUUGAAAAUUGCUACGAACAAUAAUAUUAACUGGCCACCUGGAGGCUUGACUGAUAUGUAUGUCAUAACGUAGGAUCAUCAUUAUUAAACAUUAUAUUGAUUUUAUUUAAACAAUUUAUCUUAAUUUAUAAUGUGAAAAAGGAGAACUUUUUUUAAUUUGAAUAAUAAAAUAUAAUA